AUGUUAGGGGGUGGAGACAGUGAGGGCUUCAGGUACUGGCUUCGAUGGCAAGUGCCUGUUUGUGCUUUGAUCCUCAUUGUCUCGGUCAUAACAUCCUCAAUGCACAUUGUAAAGGCCAAAGCACAGCCCUUGUACCACAAUCACUUGUGGAUUCCCUGUUGGAGAAAUCUCAGUCCUCUGUGGCUUCUCUUGUAUAGAGCUGUCGCAUUCCUUUGCUUGGCUCGCAUUCAUUUUGACAUCAUUGCCUUGGAUGGACCCUUUUCGUUCUACUUUUAUACCCAGUGGACUUCCACUUUAGUUAUGGUAUAUUUUGCGUUGGGUACAAUAAUAUCUGCACACGGAUGUUGGCAGUACAUAAACAAGCCUCCGCUUGAAAAUGGGGAAAUGGAUUUGAUUCUGAGAAGGGAUUUGGAAGAGAGUAUGCCUACAAACUCUAUUGCCUAUAAAGAGAAAGACACAAAAGGUUCCAUCAGGUUGCAAAGCCAAUAUGUUGAAGAGGAGUUUAAACAAAGAGUAGGAUUCUGGGGAUACGUCAUGCAGAUCACCUAUCAGACAAGCGCAGGAGCUGUCAUCCUAACAGAUAUUGUAUUUUGGUGUGUUAUUGUCCCAUUCUUAUCAAUUUCUCAUUUCAAGCUAAACUUGUUGAUGGGUGCCAUGCAUAGCAUGAAUGCAGUUUUCCUUCUUUUGGAUACAGCGUUGAAUAAUCUUCCCUUUCCUUGGUUUAGAGUCACAUAUUUUCUGCUCUGGAGCUGUGGCUACAUAAUUUUCCAAUGGAUCAUCCACGCAUGUGGUUUUACGUGGUGGCCAUACCCAUUUCUUGAGCUUGAUACUCCGUGGGCUCCCAUUUGGUAUUUGUGCUUGGCGGUAGUUCACAUACCCUGCUAUGGCUUGUAUUGGUUAAUAGUGAAAGCAAAAACUAUGAUUCUUCUCAGAUUCUGCCCUCGUGCAUUUUUUAGGAUAUACUAG